AUGCCUCCUCUGGAUAACCCCCAGGAAUACCAGAACAUCUUCCACUGGGCAGAGACUCAGAAAGAUGGAUCAGUCCCUUCUUUCCGGACAAGGAAGAAUGACCCUUAUGAGUAUCAAGCUGGCUUCAACAACCUCUUCGAGAGCGAGGCCGUUCCGGGCACAAUCCCUCAAGGCCAAAAUUCGCCACGGAACGUGAGAUUUGGGCUCUACGCCGAGCAGAUGACCGCAACAGCAUUCGUUGCGCCCAGACACCUAAAUAAGAAAGCAUGGCUCUACAGAGCAAGGCCCGCUGUCGCCCACCAGGGCUUCACGGACCUCCCCGACAACGAAGACACCGAAUCCUGUUUCUUGCCACUUAACCCACGCGUGCACGUUUCACCCACGCAGCUCGCGUGGCUUCCCUUCGACAUCCCCACUGAUGGCGACGUCGACUUUGUGGCUGGGCUCAAGACCGUUGCGGGGUCUGGAGACCCGACGUUGAGGGAGGGCCUGGCUGUGCAUACUUUCCUGUGCAAUAAGAGCAUGGAGAAGAGGGCGACGGUUAAUUCUGAUGGGGAUUAUUUGAUUGUGGCGCAGGAAGGGAAUUUGGACAUCCAAACCGAAUUCGGCAUGCUCUACGUGCAGCCCGGCGAAAUCUGCAUCAUCCAACGCGGCCAGCGCUUCAAGGUCAACGUCGAGGGCCCAACCCGAGGCUACAUCCUCGAGAUCUGGGGCUCAAACUUCCAGCUCCCAGAACUAGCCCCCUGGGAAAUCAUCUACAAGCUCGGCGGCAAGUUCUUCAAGUCCACGCAGCAGCACUCCCCCUUCGACGUCGUCGCCUGGCACGGUAACUACGUCCCCUACAAGUACGACCUCACCAAGUUCGUCAACGUGGGGUCCAUCUCGGUGGACCACAUCGACCCGUCUAUCUUCUGCGUGCUUACCGCCCCGAGCCGCGACCCGGCGGCCCCGCUAGCGGACUUCCUCAUCUUCAGCCCGAGAUGGGAUGUUGCAAGUCAUACGUACCGCCCCCCCUACUACCACCGCAACGCCGCCUCCGAACUAAUGGGCCUCAUCUACGGCGAAUACGCCGGCCGCUCCGACGAAUUCCAACCCGGCGGCGUGUCCUUCGAAUGCGGCUUCGUGCCGCACGGCGUUGCCUACGAGGAGUUCAAAGCUGCGACCGCGGCACCACCGCCUGAGAUGCGCAUAUCUGAGGGCGCGGUGGCCUUCAUGAUGGAGAGCUCCAGGCCGUUUACUAUUACGGAGUGGGCGAUGACUAGUGGGAAGAAGCAUGAGCAUGAGGUGAAGAUGUGGGACAAUCUCGUUGACAACUUUUCGACGCACAAGGAGGAAGUGGAGAGGCUUCUUGCGGAGGGGGUCAAGAAGAUGGGGGUUAAUAGGGGCUAA